UUUCGAAAAGGAAGUUUUUUAUGCUUUUCGUUUUUUUCCUUCAAUCCAUUAUAGAUUGGGUUAGUGUUCAGUAAGUGCCCUCUUUCUAGCUGAAUUGAAUGAAGUCCCUAUCCCCUUUUGUUGAGAAUAAUUUCAUAAAAGAUGAAAUGAAACGGGGCGCAAGGCUUAUGGAAGGAGUAUAGUGCUAGGCACCUUCUAUUCCAAAUGUAUGCCUGCUUAGCUCAUCUGCUAGCUCUCUUUCUUCUUUAAGUUUAAGGAGGUGAAAGCAAAAAUGAUGCUUAGCUCUUCGUUGGUGGAUCUCCAAUUUGGAGAGUUUGCUUUUACACGGAAACGAACAAAUAUUGGACAGGGAAGAAAAAAGGGGAAAAAGUCAAGUCUAAGCGCAUAUGGCACGCAAAGGAAAUCCGAUUUCGGUAAGACUGGAUCUGAAUCGUAGUUCAGAUUCAAGUUGGUUCAGUGAUUAUUAUUAUGGUAAAUCAGUCUAUCAAGAUGUCAAUCUGAGAUCUUAUUUCGGUUCGAUACGUCCACCUACGAGACUCACCUUUGGCUUUCGUCUCGGUAGGUGUAUUAUUCUACAUUUUCCCAAAAGAACAUUUAUUCAUUUCUUUCUUCCCCAUCGACCACGACGCAAAAAAUCCAGACCCGGAAAGGAGAAGGGCCGGUGGUGGGCAUUUGGGAAAGUCGGGCCGAUCGGGUGUCUUCUUCAUUCAAGCGACGAUACAGAAGAAGAACGAAACGAAGUGAGAGGCCGGGGGACAGGGAAAAGAGUCGAGUCGAUCAGGCUUCGGGAGAAGCAAAACGAAAUCCGGAUUUGGCCGAAAAAGAAGCUAGGCUAUGGAUACCAUGACCGAUCACCAUCGAUAAAGAAGAAUCUUUCUAAAUCACUUCGGGUCAGCGGGGCCUUCAAGCAUCCGAAAUACGCCGGGGUUGUAAAUGACAUAGCCUUCCUGAUAGAAAAUGACGACUCCUUCAGAAAAACGAAGUUAUUUAAGUUCUUUUUCCCAAAGAAGUCCCGCUCCGACGGCCCGACGAGUCAUCUACUUAAAAGGACCCUCCCUGCAGUGCGCCCCUCCUUGAAUUAUUUGGUCAUGCAAUACUUAUUGAAUACAAAGAACAAAAUGCAUUUCGACCCCCUCGUAGUUCUCAAUCAUUUUGUGGCACCGGGCGUGGCUGAACCAUCUACGAUGGGGGGAGCGAAUGCACAGGGAAGAAGCUUAGAUAAGCGAAUACGUUCUCGCAUCGCUUUUUUUGUAGAAAGCUCGACCAGCGAGAAAAAGUGUUUGGCCGAAGCCAAAAAGAGGUUGACCCACUUCAUUCGCCAAGAGAAUGAUCUUCGCUUCGCUGGAAGAACAAAAACCACCAUCUCGCUCUUUCCUUUCUUCGGUGCUACCUUUUUCUUUUCAAGGGAUGGGGUUGGGGUGUAUAAGAACCUUUUUUUGAGGAUGCCCGGGAACAACUCCUAGAUCAAUUAAGGAUCAAAUGUUGGAACCUCAUGGGUAAGGAUAAGGUAAUGGAAUUGAUAGAUAAAUUCAUAGACCUAGGUGGGAUAGUCGAAUUGAUAAAGGGAAUAGAGAUGAUGAUAGAGAU